AUGGUAAAACCAAUCGUAUAUAUAACGAUUUUACUCGCGGGGGCGUGCUGCAGCCCGGCGAGGUCUCAGCAGACCGAGACCUCAGCCAAAGCCCUCGAGGUCUCGCCCGCGCCGGUGAAGCUCGACAAGAACCUGCGGCAAGCGCUGCUGAAGGCGCUGACGGAUCUGGAGACCGAGUCCGUGGAGCAGCGUAAGGACGAGGAGGGGAAGUCGCUCGUGGAGAUGUCCUUCAGCGACAUGGUGAAGAAGAACAUCGACGCGAUACAAAAGACCACCUUCUCGUUCGACGAUUUCCCGGGUGACGAUGAGACGCCCAGCGAGGAGAAGCUGCAGAACUCGAGUUUCGUCGGCCUGAAGAAGUACGCCUCUCCCUCGGGCUCGUCGGCGAUGACGAUCGAGAAGGCGAGCCUCGACGACGCCAGGAGCUUCCACGUGCACAACGUGGUGGUACCGGAUAAGAAGCCGGCCACGUAUGCGCCGCGAGCCGAGUCCAAGAUGGAUCCGGCGGAGCCGAGAAGCAUGAAGACCUCCUUUGCGAGCUCGCUCUCGGCGAACAAGGUCAUCGAGAGCAUCACGCUGAAGCCGAUCAUUCAGGUGUCGGAGAGCCUGGUGCAGAGCGCCAGCGGCGGCAUCACGAACGCCAACUCGUUGAUCGUGCCGAAACCGACCGCGUCUAGUCCGACGGUUCCACCUACGAACAUCACCUCUUCAUCGUUCGAGUCGAAGAGGGAGAAACCUCUAACGGAGGAAGUGAAGAUAUUCCAGGCGCCCUUGGUGGCGGCUUUCACCGUGCAACAAGACGAGCAGGGUGUGCCGAAGAGCGUCGUGCCGAUCUACCGGCAUACAGGCGAUGGCCAGGCUCUGACUCUGCAGGAGCAGCUGGAUUUCAAGCAGAAGCUGCUGGAGCAACAGUUGGCGGAGCUGCAGCAACAGCAGAUCCAACAGACGCAGUUCUUGGUGCGGCAGCGUCAGCUGUACGAGCAGCAGCUCAUUCAAAAACAGCAGCAACAGCAGCAGCAGCAACAACAGCUGUACUUCCAAGAACAGGCGAGGAUCAAGCAGCUGGAGGAGCAGGCGAAGAUCAAGCAGCUGGAGGAGCAGAGGCUCUAUCGUCUGCACCAGCAGCAACAUCUGUUCCCGGUGCAGAAGCCGCACAUCUUCGAGCAGACGAACGCGCUCGCUCUUCAUCAACACGUGGCGGAGCCCACCGUUCACCUUCAGCCGAGCGUGGCUCUGGAAGUUCCCAAUGCCGUGGCGCCGCCAUUGUUCCGCACGACGAGCUAUCAGGAACAGCUACACUACCAACAGCUCCGUCAGCCUCCGUUGCCUCAGCAGCAGCUGCAGCGGCUGCAGCAGAGCUUCGGCUCCUUCUCGAACGAUUUCCAGCCACCCGUAGCUCCGGCCUCUCGAUUCAACCGGCAGGAGGCCUUCAACGCGGUCGGCAACUUCGGCUUCAAUCCGGAGAAGCAGCCACCGCCGUCCAGGAACACGUUCACCUUCAACGCGCCGCAGAGGUAUCCCAGCACGUUCGUUUACAAUCCCUACGUGCAGUUCCGGCAAGUCACUCCGGCGAGACCGCAGACGCCCGCCAAGCAGAUUCAGCGUCUGCUCUAUCAGUCGGGAGUGGCCGGCGAGUUGGGCAACGUUCAGGGCACGGGCGGUCACGAGGACCUCAACAUCGUGUCGAAGGUACUGGCGCUGAACGUGGGCGCGUUACCCAACAAGAACUAUCAGCAGUUCAGCACGAGUAACCGCGGCAAGCUGGCGUGAACGUUGGACGGACCGGCGUACCGAUGUAAGACUUGGACGAGUCGUGUAAAUCGCUACAGGACGAUAUUAGCAAGGUGAAAUCGAGCUCUCUCUCUCUCU